AUGGCAGAACAACGAAUGCAAUUUGAGAAGACCCUCUGUAGCUGUGAAUUUUGGUGCAGAAAACAAAGGUCAACACGAAUUUAUUUUUUGCUGGCAUUGGCAAAAACACCUGUGAUUUCAACGUGGAAUCAAUACUACAAGUCGCAAAGUUUUAUGGGAAAGUGUGAAAUAUUAGAAAGGCAACACCCUGCAGUAGCAUCAUUUUUGGAAAACAGAGUCAAAGAGGAAUCAUCCAAUGUGCCAUCAAAAGCCAUGUUUGAAAAUAUCUGCCAGUAUGUUGCAAAACUUGAAGAG